GGAAGUGGGCAAUCAGCUGUUCCACUUCCUGCAGUCAGUCAGUCAGCGACGACGAAUGGGAUUGACUUGAGCACGGAGGAGAUGGAAGUGAACCGUACUGACUUCUACAUCGGUCUCACCCUGGCUGUGAGCUCCAGCGCUUUUAUCGGCGGAAGUUUCAUCCUGAAGAAGAAAGGUCUGCUGCGAUUGGCCAGCAAGGGUUCAAUGCGAGCAGGUCAAGGGGGGUAUGCUUACCUGAAGGAAUGGCUGUGGUGGGCAGGACUUAUUUCAAUGGGAGCUGGAGAGGCUGCAAACUUUGCUGCAUAUGCAUUUGCACCGGCAACACUGGUGACUCCUCUUGGAGCACUGAGUGUACUUGUAAGUGCUGUGCUCUCCUCUUACUUUCUGAACGAGAGGCUGAAUGUGCAUGGGAAGAUCGGAUGUCUGCUGUGUGUUAUGGGCUCCACAGUGAUGGUGAUCCAUGCCCCACAGGAGGAAGAGGUCGCGUCCCUCACCGCCAUGGCUGAGAAGCUCAAAGACCCAGGUUUCAUUGUGUUUGCUGUGUGCGUUGUGGGAAGCAGCCUGGUUCUUAUCUUUGCUGUGGCUCCGCGGUUUGGACAGAAGAAUGUGCUGGUCUACAUCCUGAUCUGCUCUGUGAUUGGCUCCCUCUCUGUGUCUUGUGUCAAGGGCCUGGGCAUUGGCAUUAAGGAGCUUUUCGCUGGGACCGCAGUGCUGAAGGAACCCCUGUUCUGGUCGUUAAUCAUCUGCCUGGUAAUCUGUGUCAGCGUUCAAAUCAGCUACCUGAACAAAGCCCUCGACAUCUAUAACACCUCCUUAGUCACGCCUAUCUACUACGUCUUCUUCACCACCUCCGUCAUGGCCUGCUCAGCUAUCCUCUUCAAGGAGUGGUUGAGUAUGACCACUGACGGUAUAGUUGGAACGAUAAGCGGUUUUCUCACCAUUAUUCUGGGGAUCUUCCUACUCCAUGCUUUCAAGGACAUCACAUUUAGCUGGGAUUCCCUCCCACUCUACCUGAGGAAGGGUCCUCAGGGCUUUCCAUGGGGGAACCAGCCUUACGUGGCUCUCCCCACCCUCGACAGUCAAGCAGAGGAUGAGGUAAAGCUACACAGAGAAGGUGGCUCAAAGGGUGGUUGGGGUGCACACCAGAGGACUUCUUAAAGAGGACCAACCGUCUUUUCAAUUAUUUAAAAAAAAAAAAAAAAGUUAUUGCAAUUCUGAAGUUUAAACGCACAUCGUAGCUUUAAAAUAUGACAAGAUUUGUUUUACUAAAUUUGAGUUCAAGUAUGUUUGAGUCAAUGCAGUAUGAACUGGAUGAACAAAGUUGCCAAAGUGAAGAAAAAAAUAAACUUCUAACACUGGAUUUCAUACCACUGAUGAAGUUUUUAAAAAGAGGGCAGAAUUCUAAUGUGAAAGCAACUGAGGAAAUUUAAUUUUAUGUCAGUUUCGGCGGUCCUUGUGGAAAAAGCAGUACGCCUUACCUCUUUGCUGAAACUAUCCUGUGAGAGAAUGUGUUCUCUCCCUCCUGUUUUUAAAUCAGCUAAUUUAUUACUCACUCACUGUAGAAAUACAAACAAAAGCUCUUUCAGUCUGCCUGCUGUAAAUUGCUUUGUCUUUUUCAGACCCAGUGGCAGCGGUGACAGGCUUUAAGAAUAACUUCACACAAAUAGUCAGUCUUUCCCCCCGAAUGGUCUGGUUUGCUUGUUUAGGUCAUAAAGAAGCGUCAGUAUUUAAGUCUGUUUUAAAACUCCUCACAAAGGGUUGAGGUAUAAUUUAUAUUAAAUGAAGUCUUUUGCACUGCCGUUUACAUAUUUUACAUUGCGAGUAUAAACUAAAUUAAUUCACCAGGUUGUGCCUUCUGUUACUGAAAACAAUCACCUUAUUCAUAGGUUUGCACUUUUAACCAUAGCAUAUAAAUGAUUGUAACGUGUAAAGAAAAUACCAUAUUUGCCCUGAAUACAUUUCAAACAUCUGUUGUUGAGCACGUUCAAAUUCCUCUGAUGAGUUUCUGUAAUACCUCAGUAUUAUAUACAAACAGCACCAAAGAAUGUUUUUUUCCCCCUGUAUACAUUUAUUCCAAAUAUAUGCCAAGCUGUAACAUAUCUGAUGUUUAACUGUUUUUGUGUUUGAUAAUGCUGAUUAAACAUUCGACUACAUCAUGAA